AUGGAUGGUGGUGCAUCUGCGACUAGGUGGGCGGGGCACUGGUCCCUCUUGUCUGGUUGGCGUGAGGGUAGCGGUGGCGGGGUUCGUCGACGUUGUUCCCCAUCUUUAGGCCUUUGGCUGUUCAUUGCUGUUGCCGGCGUGGUUGUUGGGAGGGUGAGGACUCCUGCAUCAUCUCCGGUUCUAAUCUCUCUUGAUGCCAGUUUGGUGUUGGAUUGCUUCGUUCUUGGAAGCGAUGGGGCUCCGAUGGUAUGCCUGGACGACAGGUCUGGGACUUUGAUGUCCAAUUCGUAUUUGGGUCAAAGACCUAGUGUGGUGAAGAUGUCUACUUCGGUGGUGGUGUGGCGGUCUGCUGUAGUCCAACCAGAUUUCCUUAUUGGCUUUUUGGGUGGUGGAAUGGUGGACAAGGAUGAUGGCGAUCCCGACCUCUAUACGGACGAAGAUUGUCUCUCUGUGGACGACGGUAAUGCUCAGUGGCCGAGGGAUCUCUCAGUUCACUUCCCAGAUCACUGUUUGUCUGGUUUUGGAGGCUUGUGUAAGAGUUUCUGCGAUGGCGGAGAUUCUCCCGACGAAAGCUACGACGGCGGCAGUCAAGGUGGAGGCGGCAGCUGGGAGCACCGCUUUCGGUUUGAAAGCUUCUGGACUCUCCAUGAAGAGUGUGCAGAGGUGGUGAAGGAUGGUUGGCGCCACGUUCAUACUGGGGGCCCUAUGUCUCAGGCAACGAAGAAGAUUAUGAGUACCAGGUUCUCUUUGAAUAGAUGGCAGCGAGAUACUUUCGGUAACAAAGGCCGUGAAAUAGCCGAGAAUCAGGAGGAAUGUGUAGUGCUUUCUGCUCGCCUGGAGCAUUUGUUGACUGAGGAGCAUGCUUACUGGAAGCAACGCUCGAAGGUUACCUGGUUGGUUGAUGGUGAUCGUAAUACUAAAUACUUUCAUCGUAAAGCUUCUAAUAGAAGAGCAAAAAAUCGGAUUCAGGGUCUUUUUGAUGAUGAUGGUGUUUGGCAGAAUACCGAGAAAGGCAUUACAGGUGUGGUGUUGGACUACUUUUGUUCCAUGUAUACUGCGGAAAUCGUAGACUAUAAUCAUAUGCAAUCAGUGGUGGAUUUGAUCCAACCAAAAGUGACAGCAGAUAUGAAUGCAACUUUGUGUGCGCCAUAUACGGCAUUGGAAAUCAGGCAGGCCUUAUUCCAAAUGUAUCCAACUAAGGCACCAGGGCCAGAUGGGAUGCCUCAUCUUUUUUUCCAGCAGUACUGGGAUUCUAUUGGGGGUGAUGUGGUUAAGGCAGCUCAAUCUUUUCUUCACUCGGGUAGGUUGUUGGAUGAGGUUAACUAUACCCAUGUUUGCCUUAUCCCAAAGGUGAAGAAUCCUGUUUCUAUGUCUGAUUUGCGACCGAUAGCACUUUGUAAUGUGCUCUAUAAGAUUUGUUCUAAAGCCAUUGCUAACAGGUUGAAAAGGUUCCUUUCAGAAAUUAUCUCCCCGUUCCAAAGUGCCUUCAUUCCGGGAAGGCUGAUAACUGACAACACUUUGAUAGCUAAUGAAGUGUCUCAUUUUAUUCAUAAUUGUAACUCUUCUACAGAUGGGGUUUUGUCUUUAAAGCUUGAUAUGAGUAAAGCAUAUGACAGUAUGGAAUGGUGCUUUCUUGAGGCAGUUCUUUUUCGGUUAGGGUUUGAUGAAGCUUGGAUUCAGGUUAUCAUGCAGUGUGUGUCCUCCGUGCGUUACUCUUUCCUAAUUAAUGGUCAACCUAAAGGGUAUCUGAGUCCUUCUCGUGGCUUGCGGCAAGGAGAUCCUCUCUCACCAUAUUUGUUUCUAUUGUGCACUGAGGCCUUUUCAGCUCUACUUGAGUGCAAAGCCUCUGCAGGCUUGCUGCAAGGUAUCCAAGUUUGUGCAAAUGCUCCUAGUAUUCAUCACUUGUUGUUUGCUGAUGACAGUCUUAUUUUUGGGAAGGCAAUAGAGGAAGAGUGUGGUCAUAUUCUUUCUGUUUUAAAAGAUUAUGAGAUGGCCUCUGGCCAGAGAAUCAAUUUUUCUAAGAGUAGUAUUGUAUUCAGUAAAAAAGUGAAUGUACAAUUGCAGCAGCAGCUUGCGGAUUUGUUAGGGGUUGUCAUUGUCCCUAAACAUGAAAAGUAUCUUGGUCUUCCCACAUAUGUUGGUAGGAAGAAGUCUGGAACUUUUUCGUAUAUCAAAGAACGUUUGAGCAAAAAACUUGAAGGUUGGCAGGGGAAACUGCUAAGUGGUGCAGCUAAGCAAGGAUGGCGUUUAAUACGCUAUCCGAAUUCUUUACUUAGUCGAAUUUAUAAGGCGAAGUAUUACCCUGAUGGUGAUUUUUGGAGUGCCUCUUUAAUGUCAUCACCCUCAUCUUGUUGGCGGGGAAUUUUUGAAGCUAGAUCUGUGCUUAAAAAUGGAGUGAGAUGGCAAGUGGGAGAUGGUCAAUCUAUUCAUAUUUGGGAUGAUCCUUGGUUACCUAGACCUAGCUCAUUCCGACCUUUUAUUAGGAGGGAUGGUGCUCCGACUUUGGUUAGGGAAUUAUUGCUCCCAGGGUUGUCUUGGAACUCUGAUGUUAUAGCUCAGUGGUUUGAGCCAGAAGAUGUCAUGCUAAUUUUUUUUAUUCCUCUUAGUCAACGGAGUGUUUCUGAUAGAUUGAUUUGGCAUUUUGAUGCAAAAGGGUUAUUCUCAACUAAAAGUGCCUACAAGCUUGCUAUUAAUUUAAUUCAUGUUGAUAUCCCUUCUGUCUCCAACCCAACACCUUUUGUGGAGACUUGGAAACGGAUUUGGGCUGCUAGAAUUCCUGGCAAGGUUAAGGUUCACAUGUGGAAGGUAUGUGCUUCUAUUCUUCCUACAGUAGCUCAACUUCGAACCAAGAGAAUUUGGGUUAAUGAUGGUUGUGUUUUCUGCAAUGAUGGAGAUGAAUCUAUUCAUCAUAUUAGUAGAGAUUGUUCUUUAGUGCAUGAUAUGUUACGGAAGGUUCCAGGCUUAAGUUCGGUGAUAUCUUCCAAGAGUGCUAAUCAAGCUUCUAUCUUGGAUUGGUUAUUUCAUUGUAUGCAAAGUCUCUCUCCUGAGUUAUUUGAUUUUCUUCUGUAUCUGUUAUGGGCAGUAUGGAAAGAGAGGAAUCAAAGAGUUUGGAAUAGUAAGACCCUCGAGUUGGAUCAGCUCUUUUUCCAAGCAGCUUCUGGUUUCUCCUUGUUUACUUCUCUCCGUCCGGGUAGGAGUUCCAACACUAAACGAGCUUCAACUCCUUGGUACCCUCCUCCUGCAGGGUGGCUUAAGGCAAAUUUAGAUGGAGCUUUUGACAGUAGUACUAACAUGGGAGGGAUAGGUGUUGUGGUACGUGACUCUGAAGGCCUGAUUGUUGGUGGAACUUGUUGCCGAGUCUCAUCAGUUAGUGCUCCUAUCGUAGUAGAGGCUUUGGCUGGGAGGGCUGCAUGUGCUUGGGCUGUGGAGUUCAAACAGGCACCUAUUAUCUUUGAAAGUGAUUGUCUGCAGUUGGUUAAUUAUUUGAAGGCUGAAGAGGAAGAUCACUCCAUUAUUGGGAGGGUAAUUGAUGACAUUGUGGUCCACUUAGCCUCUAUUCCUAGCUCUUUUUUUCAACAUAUUUACAGAGAGUCCAAUUUGGAUGCACACAAGCUUGCAAAGCUUGCUUUGUAUUCUAAUGUGUCUGCUAAUUGGAAGGGUCCUGUACCUUCCACCAUGGGAAGCUUUGUUGCUUCCUAUUGUAACACUUCUUCUCAUUGA